AUGCCUCCUUUAUUACCAUCGCCGGUUUCUGACCAUGCAACAAGCCUCCCGAAGAUCGAUCCUGACCUGGAAGCUACAUUAUCAGAGUGUGAGAAGAGAGCAAUGACGCUGGACUGCAGGACUGGUGCCAGCGUGAUUCUGGCAAGAUCUUCUAUUUUUGUAUAUGGUGGUUUCACGGUACCUUUAGAUCUCGCGGAGGUAAAUUCAAUUUCUGUACAGCAGGAGCUCAUUCUGUAUUUUGCUCGCGAAAGCAAGUCUUCGGGCAGUUUUCAGAACCUUGGCGAUUGGAUAAGUCGAGAAACUUUUUUCUUAGAUCUUAUCUCGCGAAAAUGGGAACGCGUUGUGACUGACGAUGGCUCAUCGCCCCCAAUUGAGGAAUUUGCAGAUGAUUCUUGUCAUAACAAGAUGAAGGAACGCGUGUUCCACUCUAUGUGUUACCAUGAUGGUCAUCUGUACGUCUUUGGUGGCCUUGUGGUAUCUCCGCAAUCGGGCUACGAACUGAUUGCAUCUAACGAGCUUUGGACAAUGGAUUUGCGAACCAAAACUUGGAAACAAAUCAGCAGCAAUCCUUCCAUUACCAGGCGCUUUAAUCACAACAUGCAUCUCGUUCCUGGUACAGAAGAAGCGGGAGAUACUUUAAUUUAUAUCGUGGGUGGUCUCAAUAAUCUGGAUCGGCCAGUACAUGUUGUCGAUGUAUAUAACUUGACGCAAGACAGAUGGGAAUCCUUAGAUGACGAUUCUUCCACCGCAGAUACUCAGGAAAUUGUCACUAACAUCAAUGGCCAAAACACACACCUGGUCCAAUACUCUAAUUUCUCUCUACUGAUACGAGACCAGAUGUCCAAUACUCCGCUGAUAGCCAUGUAUUCGCCAGGUGAAGGCGAAGACGAUAGUAAUAUAAGCCCGCUUGUUGUUCAACCACUAGUACCGGGUCCAAACGGGCACCGGAUGCCCGUCUUUCAAGGACUUAAUGGGUCAGAUCGUGAGAGACACAAGGUUCCAUUCAAUUUGCAACACCCAUCGGGCGAUUAUUUUGGUCAUAACAUCAUUGUUUCUGGCUUUUAUCCAGACACUCAGCCGUCUAAUUUCCACUGUUUUACUUAUAACAUCCCGACUGGUAAGUGGACGGAAAUAAAUACGGUUUGCGAUGACCCUGAUGGCGAAUCUCACCGCUUGUGGCAAUUAUUUGUUUGGCAUUCUCAUCACAAGGUCGUGUUGCUGGGUACGAAAGAAGCAGAAAACUAUCUACCCAGCGUUCAAAGGUUCAGCAGUAUCAUGUGUAUUGCCUUACCAAUGAUCAACGUGUUUCACAAGGCUAUUAAUCACACCGUGGGUAGAGAUAAAAGCGCAACUGGGUCAGAGUCAGUGAGUUUAGGAAACGAGGGUUUCGAAGGCUACUCUCGCUAUUCUGCGCCUCCAUUGGAAAUAACUACAAUAAGCUCUGUUUUUCCUUCUCAUGCCAUGGCUUUGGGUAAAGACUCUUUAGAGCUAUGUGGACAACAUUUAUCAGACUUCGAAAUCGUAACAGAAGAAGGCGAUUCGGUUAGGGUGCCGAUGUUUUUACUAAGAAAACGAUGGGGAAGAUAUUUCGAUGAAGUCCUUGCAAAUGGCUACUUGAAAGCGUCAAAGGACUUCGAAAGCCGGAAUAGACACAACGAAUUUACCAAGCUUUCUUUGGACUCAACUCAGAAUAAUGCUACUCCUACUACUCAACAUUUCGAUAGCACGAGUUCGAAAGGUGUAAGGGGCUCAUCCUCUCAGGGUUCUCUAGAUGCAAGUUCCACAAAGGGUGAGACGUUUCAGGCCUCUCAGCCACUCUUUCCACUGAUAUCAAGAAAGUCCAGUCCAUUAUUCUUCGCGAACAAACCUAAUCAAGGUGCUAAAUCAGAAACAAACGACAAAAGCGAGAGUAAUGAUAAAUCAAGUCCUGAUCCACAAACCGUACUGCCAAUACAUCACUCAAAAUCGGAUUCCUCGGCAAUAUGCUCGUUCAAUGCUUCUUCAAAAGGUUCUAGAGAGCAACCGCAUACUGUCAAAAGCGGACAGUCCGCUAAUUCCGCUCUAAAUAAAAUAGCAAGUUCUUCGAGCGGAAUGGUUUUUCGUCUGCCGUUUCAAGAAGGGAGCGGCGGGUCCGCUCUUCCUCUUCCCGUUCUACAAGCACUCAACAAUGAUUCAAGCCGCGUGGAAGGUUCAGAAAAACAGCUGGGCCCUCCAAGUCGCAGAAAGUCUUCUACGUCUUCCCCGUUCAUGUUUGAUGGAGGCAACUCCAGUUUUCUUCGUAGGGCUUCCCACCCAGCUAUCAUGAGUUCGGAUGACAAAAUCAUAAUACCAACCUCUAUACCGUCCCAGAGCCCUUUCUGCUCACGCAAAGCGUCGCUGACUUCCCAAAACAGCUCCAUAUCUUUUGUCAGUUCGGCUUCUGAUAGAAUGGGUAAUGCUGCACAUCGUCGAGCUUCGCAAGAUAGCGGAAUGACAAGCUCUACGUUGAACUCGCUGAGCUCUCAAAUACCCCCACCGCAGCCAAUGCCCACCGAACCCAUUCCAGUGGCCCCUCACCACUCUCAUAUCGACACCACUGCGUCUUUCGUAUCUGCGAGGAACAGCCCACUUUCCUCGCGGAGGUCAUCUUUGUACCACGAGCUGCUGCGACCAGGGCUGAACUCAUCGGUUUCGCAAUCUCUCCUCGGGAUACACGAGAGCCAAGUUUCGGAUAACAAUACUAUGCUGGAAUCAGAUCCUCACUCAAUACACAAAAGAUCGAUGGAUAGACAAAUACUGGAAGACAACCUAAUAGACGUCGAACUGGAGGCCAGUAGUUCUGCUCACAAAUCUCCUUUAUCGAAGCACAUGAGACAAUCCAGACAAAACAGCUAUACGAAGGCAUCGCUGGAGGGGGACGGUAGCCGCCCAUCGUACUUAUCGAUGGCGGAAAGCGGUGGUAGCACUUAUUGUGAUGCGAUUGGAGAAUUCGAGCCUCUUCUCCUUCCCAGAUCGUUGUACAUGCCUUGGCCGACCACUACUAUCAGAUCUUUUAUCGAAUUCUUUUACACUGGACAAGUAAAUGGCAAGUGGCUGCUGUCACCUGUAGCUCUCAACUUACUGGUAAUGGCUAAGCUUUAUGAAAUACCUCUUCUUUACGAUUUGAUGUCAGAGGCCUUCUAUUCCAUUCUAGGAAAAAAGGAGGAGAGUCUCUUAGCAACGAGUGAAACCUUGAAGCACCUUUUUCUGCUCAAAUACUCGAGGGCGCAUGAUAAAAACGAAGACGCGAUCAAGCAAUCUUUAAAAACGCACGCCGUUUAUCAAGAUUUUUUAGAAUUCGAAGAAUCGCUGCACUCAAUUGACGAUGGUUUCUUUGAUACUCAUCUUUUAAAGAAAAUAAUGAGAAAAAGCUCAGCAAGCAGUUCAGAGAGUGCAGGUGGUGAUGGGGCGGCAGCCCGUGACGGUAAAGAGGGAACGUCUCUCAAUGUUCCAAUUUUGUUUGCGGGAGGACCACGAGGAAGUUAUGAUUCCGUUGGUUCCGCCACUGUCUCUGCGCCCAUGACGGCUGAUCCGCUCAAAAACAGCUCACCCAAGGCAACAGCUACACGUCCACAAAAAGCAAGUUUGGGCAAGGAGGCUGCUUUGAAAAAUUCAUCUCAAAGACACUUAAAUGAUUACACCCUCGAUGGGAACGUAACUGAUGAAAGAACUGACAAAACUAACCGUGAGAAUAGGGCCGAAAAAAUGGAACAACAAACGCUAAGCAACAUGUCACAAAACGAAAAUACUACGUAUUCUACCCAAAUUAUCGAGAUAAAACAGCCAGAAUCUAGCAGUGAAGAUGGCUCUGAUAAAAAGAAAGACGAACACAUACAUCAGAUCCAGACCCAUGUUGAUAAAGGCAAUACUGACCCAAAGCUUUUGGAAAACUCUACAUCCAGUUCAGACUCUGACGAUUUAGGUGCUGGUUUUGGCUUGGCUUCUAGCUCAAAGAUUGACAAGAAACUUCGCCGUCGAGGACGUGAAAAGCCUGUUGAUCCUCUUACCAAAGCAAGCGACUCCGAAGGCUCGUCGUUGAAGAAUAUCAUCGAUUACUUCAAAAAAGGAGACACUUUGUAUAGACCGGAAACCAACACCGUUGAGACACUGACACUCGCCAGCAUGGCCUCUGCCAAUGCUCUCCCUCCUGUGGAUUAUGUUCUUGAGCUAAUUCACGAAACUGCUGCCUUAGUUCAUGAUGUGCGAUUGAUUGUAAGAUGCUUUAGUGUGAUAAAAUUGUCAGAGACAUUGAAAUCGUUGAAGCGACAACUUGAUCAUGAGAUGACACAACUCGAUGAUGAAGCAAGGCGAGCCCGUACCCCUAUAGAGGUGACAUUACUCAGUCCUCGAAGUACGACCGCUAAAUCCGAGGAUCCCGCCUUCCCGACGCCAACUUCUUCCAUGGAGAAGAUGCCUAGGGUAUCUUCGAACCUAAGCCUGGAUAAGAGGAGCCCAAAACCAAACACUUUAGAUGCCGGCCCUAGAAAUACAUCAGCAAUUGAAAGUAAUUCUAGGUUUGCUUCGUCGGAUCAAAGUCUUUCAGAAAAGAGUGAUUCAGCUUCAAUAAACACCAGAAGUUCUAAACAAAGUUCCAGGCCACCAAAAUCAAAGAGGAUGAACUCUCAUCUUGCCGGUAGCGGUCUUACGGGGGCAGCUAUGUUUAUGACUAGCUCGUUUACACCGGUGCCAAGUAAGACAAAAAAAGAUACAUCUGGUUCUACAUCAGCCACUAAGAGUGGUAUACCUUUCUUUGGAAAGCGCAAAUAA